UCAUACUCAAAACAAAAACAAAACCCUAAAGACACUUUUGCAAUUUACCGAGAGAUCAAAAAUGGCAGAAGCAUCAAGUUUGGUCGGGAUCAUUGAGACAACCGUGGAGGUAAAAUCUUCGCCGGAGAAGGUGCAUGGCAUGUUUGUCGGGAAACACCGUAUCCCCUCUGCUUCUCCAUCCUUAGUUCAGGGCUUUGAGCUGCACGAAGGCGAAAUUGGCCAAGUUGGUGCUAUCGUAACCUGGAAUUACUUUCACGAUGGGGAGGCAAGAGUAAUGAAAGAGAGGAUCGAGUCAAUAGACCCGGAGAACAAUCGGGCCACGUACAGGGUGUUAGAGGGUGAUUUAAUGAACGAGUACAAGAGUUUCUUGAUCACCUUUCAAGUGACCCCUAAUGAAGGUGAACCUGGAAGUAUUUUACAUUGGCACUUUGAGUACGAGAAAAUUAGUGAGGAGGUGGCUCACCCUGAGACUCUCCUCCAGUUUGCCGUCGAGGUCUCCAAAGAGAUCGAUGCACAUCUCAUGUCCGAAGAAUAGAGGAUGAAUUCUCUUGUCUCAAUCCCAUAUAUCCCUAAUUAUAUUUGUGUGUUUGCCUUUAAGUUCUGUCUUUGAAAUUACUAUAAAUAAAGACUAAGGAGACGCCUUGUCCGAGUUUGUAAAGAGAUAUGUGUGUCAUGAGGAAGUUUUUAUGUUUGAGAAGCUAAGUGUAGUAGCAUCAGCUAUGAAGCUACUCAAUAUGUAUGAAAGGUUUGUUUAAUAAUAAAAUCAUAAAUGUUUAAUAAA